AUGUCCAACAUACAGACCCUUGUCCCAGAGCUUCGUAAUGCUCUGGAGCGCAAACAGCUGGAUGUUGCCAACGAUCUUCUUACCAAAGCAAAGCGCGCCCUCCUUCUGCAAAAUGCCUUGAUCCCAACUCCAUCUACACCUCCACAGCUUGUCGCUCUUGCUCGGGAUGUCCUCGAGCUCGGUGCCCUAGCCUCAAUCCGUCAAACCGACCCUCAGACCUUCACAAGAUAUUAUCAGCAACUGCAGCUCUUCUAUGAUCUUGAGCGACACUCCGGUCUUCCUGGACAGAAUUCCUCAGGGCCUGAAUUUGGCAAGAGCCAGCGCAGCAAGAUCACAGGGUUGUACUUGUUGCUUCUGCUGAGCAUGGGUGACAGUGCCAACUUCCAUACUGUGCUGGAAGGGUUAGUAGAGGAGGCUAGCUUGAAGGGUGAGAAUAUUGAGGAUGACGCUUAUAUCAAGUACCCCGUUGAGCUGGAGCGCAACUUGAUGGAGGGAAGCUAUGAUAAGGUGUGGCGGGAGACAAAGUCCGUGAACCUGCCAUCUGAAGACUUUGGAUUGUUUUCAAAUGUUCUCAUUGGCACCAUCCGCAACGAGAUUGCUGGCUGCUCUGAGAAGGCCUAUCCCUCCCUUCCCAUCUCGAAUGCCAAGAAUCUUCUCUUCCUCGACUCCGAGGGUGCAGUUAUUGAGUUUGCUAAACAGCGUGGCUGGAUCCUCCGGGAUGGCCGGAUAUACUUCCCCGUCGAGCCUGAAGCGGCUGCAAGAUCUGAGAAGGAUAUUUUGGUGGCCAGCGGCACCGUUAUUGAGAACGCACUGGGAUACGCUCGGGAGCUAGAAACUAUUGUUUAA